GUUCGUUAGAACCUCAUGCACUUAAAACUAUGAAUUAAAAAAAAAAAAAAGGCAAUGGGCAGGCGGAAUACCGGAAUGCAAUAUUUUGCUGAAUCUUGUUUACUGCUGUCAGAUGUCCCAAUCUCUUCGCUCUUGAUAGGAUUGAAGGUUGCGAAUGGAGGACGCGGAACAGGUGGCAUUCUCCCUCCUUGGUCGGGCCUCGGCAGAUGUCUCUAGUAUCUACGACUGCAACAUACGCUCGGAGAGCUUUCGUUCGUUCGUUACCCCUUCGCUAGCAGGCUCAGAUGUGCGAUCUCCACCACCCCAUCUUCGUAUCCUUGAAUAUGAAUAUGAUUGGGUAAGUAACGACAGGUGCACAGACAACCGGAAGGUGGGCCUUGUGCUACCGUCAUAUCCCUCAUCUCCACUGUCUUCUCGCUCGAAUGAAGCGCUGUCACGACGACGGCCUCUGGGACAGUGUUCGCGAGUAAUGAUCUGCGCCGUAGUCAGAACUAUCAGUUCCCUACCCAGUGCCAUCAGCUACACAGGCUCCACAGAACACACCUCUAGUCCCACAAGCUGGGCAAGUUCGCCUAAUCAAUCUCUCGUUGACCCGAAAAAGUUGCAUCUGCGGAGGAGGGAAAUGGACUGGUACCCUAUCAGUGGAGCAGACGAUGAUAAAAAAGCCACGACAACGUACGAGGAGCAAGCCAUUGGUGAUCACAAGUGGUCGCCCGUAGUGCGGAAGCUGUUGUCCAGAGAAUCCACUCAAUUGCGUAUGGGGCGUGUCAUCGAUCACGCUCACGUUGCCUUGCAGGGGGAAGACACUGUGCAAUGCCCAUGGAUGUCCAGCGAGUGGGUUAGCCUGUUGGUGUUUCUCUGGCGACAAUAACCCCAAAGGGCACUGUUCGCAUCAACGGAGAAACGCUAGAGAAUCG